AUGUUUAUUUUUCUGUUGCUUCAAGAUGCAAAUUUUCAAUUUAUCCCGCUUUUGGUCAUUUUGUUCUGGUCUACAUUGGCAAUAAGUAUUCUUCCCGUUUGUUGCAAAAAAUCAAAAAAGUCUUCGAAAACGAAUAAAUUGGCAAAUGGAAAUAGUGCAAAAGCAUCUUCUGACAGCAAAAUGAACAAAAGGAAGAAAAAAUCGGGAAAGAAAGAGGACAAACCAAAAACAGAAAAUGACAAACAAAAGCAAACUUUUUCACAAGUACAAAAAUUGAAGACAACAUCAAAGAGUACAGUGGGCACUUGUAAGCCUGAUAAUAAGACUACUACGGGAGAGAAAAAGAAUGUUAAAGAAGAUGAGGAGGACAAGUCUAAAGAGAAGAAGGAAAGAAAAAACUCUGAAUUAAAAACUGCAAAAAGCUUCAAAACUUGCAGCAAAUCAGAACUUAGCAUGCCAAGCGAAGACAUGAUGAGCAAACAUGAAGAAAUUGUUGAGAUUGUUGACGUUAAUUUCAUCAUUUCAAGCAAGAAUCUCAAACCUCCAAAAGGCCAAACUUCACUUAGUGUCUUCAAUCAAAUUAGAAAGAAUGCAGCUCAACAUUUGAUGGAAGAUAUGUCAUCAUUACAUGCUUAUGAUCAAGUUCCAUUAAUCGAUCAAAUGAGAAUGCCCAAAAAAGGAAAAGGUCCAAAGAAUGAAUUAAAAAUUAAUUUAUAUUUUUCUUCAAUUUAA